AUGGCUUCUUCCUCAGAUCCUCCUUCUUCCAGACACCACACCUACGACCGUAAACAAAAAUCCCUCGGCCUCUUAUGCACCAAUUUCUUGAGCUUGUACAAUCGAGAUAACGUUCAUUUAGUCGGUCUCGACGACGCUGCCGCCAGAUUAGGUGUUGAGAGAAGACGGAUCUAUGAUAUUGUCAAUGUUUUGGAGAGCAUUGGGGUUCUUGCAAGAAAGGCCAAGAACCAAUAUACAUGGAAAGGCUUUGGGGCGAUUCCUGUUGCUUUACAGGAGCUCAAAGAAGAGGGUUUAUGGAAGAAUUUCAAUUCACAAGAAGGUGUGAAUGAGGAUGUAAAGAUAUCGGAUGAAGACGAUGAGGAAGAAUCAUAUUCCCAACCUAAUGGAAGUCAGAGUGAAUCAUUAUCAUUAUCUCAAACUAAUGGAAGUCAAACCAAUGGAAGUCAGACCAAUGGAAGUCAGAGUGACAGUCUGAACCCUAAUUCUAGUUUUCCCAGAUCUAUGAAAAAUGAUAGAAGGGAAAAAUCUUUGGCACUGCUUACUCAGAAUUUUGUCAAGCUUUUUGUCUGCUCUAACCUGGAAAUGAUAUCCCUUGACGAUGCUGCGAGGCUGUUGCUUGGAGAUGCAUAUAAUUCAUCAACAAUGAGAACAAAAGUUAGACGCCUUUACGAUAUUGCAAAUGUGCUAACCUCCAUGAACCUUAUUGAGAAGACACAUACCACUGAUACACGAAAACCAGCAUUCAGAUGGCUAGGCUUGAAAGGGAAAACAUGGAGUGAGGUAUCGCUUUACAAUUCACAUCAAACCGAGUCUAAAAAACGGGCAUUUGGAAAUGAUGUCACAAACAUUAGCUUUGCAAGGAAUAGAACUGAUUUGUUCAUGUCUGGAGACUUCAGUCAGAGCUUUAAGAAGCAAAAGACAAUAGAAAACGAUAGUGGGCUUGGUCAGGAAGAUAAAAAGCAAACUUCAACAAACUACCAAUUCGGUCCUUUUGCUCCGGCCUUCGUAUCCAAAUCCGGAACUUCUGAGAAUACUAAAGUGAAGCAGGUGCAUGAUUGGGAGAGUCUAGCAACUGAACAUUCCCCUCAGUAUCAAAAUCAAGCUUUGAAAGAACUUUACUCGCACUAUAUGGAAGCAUGGAAAUCUUGGUACUCUGAAGUUGCUGGGAAGAGGUCAACACAAGUUUUGUAA